GAGUCCAUGUCCAAAAUUAAGGCAGAGUCUCAUAUCAAUCCUUUGAUGGCUUCUAGAAACUACACAUAGAAUUGAAUAUAAAUUCAACCUAGUGGAACGGAACAGAGGAGAUACAUUCACAAUUAGAAUGGAAAACUUGUACUUUUUGCCCCUGAUCUAUUAUUUCAAUAAAAAUUAGUGUCUAACCUUUAAAAGGUAGUAAGUUGGCAAUUGAUCUUUCAUUGUAGUUACAUUAUGAGUGUCUAAAUUUUCGUAAAAAAAUUGUCAUGUCAUCGUUAAGGAGCAAGUCUCAAUUGAAAUUCUAGACUAAUCUAGAUUGACAUGCAAAAUCUAGCUUCUAUGUAAGAAGGUGAUGUGAUGAUUUUAUAGAUUUUGGUAGUUUAAAGAUUGUAUAAUCAUCUAGCUGGAACAUGAUUUUGGGGGCCUUUCUUGAUGAUCGUCUCUACAAGUGUAUGUUAAAACUAUGUAAAGACUACGAAGCGUUGGAGCAAGUUUAAGGCAUGUUUCGACAUUACCAACAUCUAGUAUAAAAAAGAUCCAGGAUCAAUUUGUUCAUUAAGCUAAGAAAUCAAAUCGCUACUAAAAUAAUAUAUAAAAUACUAUAUCAAAGACCAAAAGUUGACUUUUCCCUAUUAGAAUCGCUAGAACUUUCCAACUGAUUAAUACAGAGGAACCAUUUUCAUAACAUUUUUGUCUCUUUUCUUCUUUCUUCUUCCUCCUGAAGUGAAAAGUAUGGAGCGAAGAAAAGAAAAUGUUUUGCUUUUUCCAUUCAUGGCAAAAUCUCAUAUUAUACCCUUUUUGGCCUUAGCUCAACAGUUAGAACGAAAGGGCUAUACCAUAACCUUUGUCAAUACAUCUAUCAAUAUCAAGAAACUGCAAAAAUUCCUUCCUUCAAAUUCCUCCAUUCGCCUCCUUGAAAUCCCCUUCAACGCCGCUGAACACGGCCUUCCCCCGGAGGCUGAGAACUCGGAUUCCCUUCCUUACAAACUCGUCCUCCGCAUCCUCGAAGCCAGUUCUUGUCUUGAGCAACCGUUUAGGAAACUACUUGCUGAUCUUGUAGAGGGAAAUGGAGGUGGAGAGAAGCCGGUUUGUGUUGUAGCAGAUUUUAUUUUUGAUUGGACGGCUCAUGUGGCGCAUGAAUUUGGAGUAUUUCAUGCAAUCUUUAGCUGUACUGGUGGAUAUGGGAUGGCAUGUUACUAUUCCAUGUGGCUGAAUUUACCUCAUAAACACACAGAAAGUCAAGAAUUUAUGCUGCCUGAUUUUCCUGAAGCUGGAAAAUUUCAUGUAACUCAGCUAUCACCUGCUUUAUUAGUUGCACAAGAAGAUGAUCCUUUUACAACUUUCCAAAGGAAGAAUCUUCCAAAUUGGUCGAAAUCUGAUGGAAUUCUGUUCAACACAUUCGAAGAGAUAGACAAGAGAGGAUUGACAUACUUUCGACGAAAACUAGGUAUACCUGUUUUGGCGGUUGGGCCAAUACUAUUAUCAGAAUAUGACAGAUCAAGAAUUGGCCGAAAACCAGCUAUUAGUCCAGCAUCAUGCAUCGAAUGGCUAAACAAAAAGCAACCAAAUUCAGUUCUAUUCAUAUCAUUUGGAUCCCAGAACACAAUCUCCGCAUCCCAAAUGCUGCAAUUGGCAAAGGCCCUGGAUUCAAGUCGAACGAAUUUCAUAUGGGUUGUUAGGCCACCAUUAGGACAUGACAUGGAUGCAGAUUUCGUACCACAAGACUGGCUACCAGAAGGAUUUGUGCAGCAUAUUGAGGAUCAAGAAAUGGGACUAAUAGUUGAAAAAUGGGGACCCCAGAUGGAGAUUUUGUCCCAUAAAUCUACUGCAGCAUUUUUAAGUAAUUGUGGAUGGAAUUCAGUUCUUGAAUCACUUAAAAAUGGUGUCCCAUUAAUUGGUUGGCCAAUGGCUGCUGAGCAAUAUUACAAUGCAAAGGUUUUGGUUGAAGAGGCUGGGGUUUGUGUGGAGGUUGCAAGGGGGACAUGCUUUGAGGUAAGACAAGAAGAAAUAAUGGAAAAAAUAGAGUUGGUUAUGGGAGAUAAUUACAAGUCAAAGGAGAUUAAAAGAAAAGCUUGCGAGAUUAAAGAAUUAAUUAAAGAUGCCACAAGAGAUGAGGAAAGUUACAAGGGUUCUUCUGUGAAAGCCAUGGAGGAAUUAUUUAUUUCUGCAUCAUUGAGUAAGGAGAAGACUGAUGUUUAGACACAAUUAUUUCUCCAUUAGAUGAAAAGGUCUUUUUCUUUUUUUGAGCAAAUAAUAUGUAUUGGUUUUCACUUUUAUAGUCGAGAGGCAUGAUUUGUACGUUGAUAUUGUACAGAAUAAUGAAUACCAUUUUUAUU